CGUUACCUUCCUUGCUGACCGCUGGGGAUUAUGGGAAACAUUGUCCGUAGCAGCUUGCCCCCACUGGGCUUGUUUCCGUGACCGCACGUGUGGGGUUUGGUGGAUUACGCGCUCCGUAGGACAGGAAUUCGUUUACUGGCUCCAGCCUUGUGACUGGCGCUGGCUCUCUUCCUUGUUUACAACGGCAAUAGGUUAAGCCACGCCUUCGCACCGUGCUCCUUGUAGUGAUAGGUCAGGACUAUUUGGUAGCUCAGUGAUUGGUUACGUCGCAGUCCCGGGCUAUAUAGUGAUUGGUUUCGGCUAGAAUACGUGAGGUCGCUCUGCCUCCACCAACAUGGCGGCCGCAGCUGUAAGGCUGCUGCUCAUGGCUGGGUUCGGAGUAUCCCAGGCUUCUUCGGGUGUGGGGGAGGUUAGUGCUGAGGCCCGGGUGCUAGGACUACGACUGGAAGAAGGAGCUGGGGUGUCAAUGAUCGGCGGAGUAAUACGGGCCCAACCUGGAUCUUUCUUCCGCCUGCGAUUGUAUGGCUCGGGACUACGUAAUGACACCUGGCCUUGGGUGUCUGUUGGAGCUCCAAGCGGCGACUCCUGCGCUUCUAGAGCAGAUAGCCCCCUGCGGCUGCUGGAGGAGUUCAGAGUGUGUAAUGAGUUCUCUGGCCUAAUCUCCCUGCAGGUCCGGGACACAGGCACUGGAGAAAGGGGCCUCGUGUACCCUCUGUGUACUCGAAAUGGGGGCACUUGGGCUCCUUACUCUGGGGGAGACACCUUGAUAACUGUACGGGAUGCUGGGGAAGAGGAAGAGAAACCCCCCUGGAGCGAGGAAGAUCAGGGCUCCUGUGCACUGGGGCCCCCGAGUUCCAGGUAUCAUGACCCCCCUUCCUUUAGAGAGGGAGACCCCUCAGCCCAGCAGGAGCUAGCCCCUUGGCUUGUGGCCUUUCUUAUUGCCUUAUGUGUGCUGCUCUCUGGGCUGCUUCGUGGCUUGCAGAUCAGCACUUUGGCCCUCGAGCCCCCAGAGCUUGGCCUUCUGCGCGAUUGGGGAUCCCCCUCGGAAAGACUGGCUGCCUCUCGCCUGGACCAUCUCAGGACUCGUUGGGGAGGCUAUACACUGAUUUCCUUUGUGGCCCUCUGCUGUGUCACCAAUGCUGCCGCCGCUAUCCUCCUUUAUUAUGCAAUUGGCUCGGUGGCUGGUGCAAUCUUUGCGGCAGCCGGGCUGAUUUUGUUGGCCGGUGAGGCCCUUCCAGCUGCCAUAAGCUCUCGCUGGGGACCCUGGUUGGCCUCUAAAAGUCUGUGGCUUACUCAUGUUUUCUUGCUGAUAAUUGGCCCCAUCUCAUUUCCCCUUUCAUGGCUCCUAGAGUUUGCUUUUGGGCAGGAUCCCAGCUGCUGUCGAUUGAGAAUUAGGAUCCUAGAAAUGGCACGGUGCGGAGACCCCUACAGCGAGCUAGUAAGGGAUGAAUUCAGCAAGGGGGCUUUGAGGAACAGGACGGUGGAGGAUAUUUUGACUCCUGUGAAUGAAUGCUUCAUGCUGCCCAGCGACGCCCUGUUGGACUUCAACACCAUGUCCAGUAUCAUGGAGAGCGGCUACACGCGGAUCCCUGUGUACGAGAACGAGAGAUCCAACAUUGUAGACAUUCUGUACGUCAAAGACCUGGCCUUCGUAGAUCCCGACGACUGCACUCCUCUGAGCACCAUCACUCGCUUCUACAGCCACCCUGUCCACUUUGUGUUCAGCGACACCAAGCUGGACGCUGUGCUGGAGGAGUUCAAGAAGGGUAAAUCCCAUCUGGCCAUUGUGCAGAAAGUGAACAACGAGGGAGAAGGUGAUCCGUUUUAUGAGGUCAUGGGACUGGUGACCCUGGAGGAUGUCAUCGAAGAGAUUAUAAAAUCUGAGAUCCUUGAUGAGUCUGAAGACUGCCAGCGCAAGGUAAAGAAGAAGCACCAGCGUCUGCAGCCCAUCUCCAUUCCUCGUGGCGGUGAAGAUCUUUCCAUCUUCAAAGCUUGUGAAUCGGAGCAGAAAGUCAAGAUCUCACCGCAGCUCCUCAUGGCGACUCAGCGCUUCCUGUCUCAGGAGGUGGAGCUGUUUGGUGCCUCCCGGAUGUCAGAGAAGGCUCUUCUUCACCUUCUAAAACUCCCAGGAGUUACCCAAGAGGUGAAGUUUGAUGACAGUGACCAUCUGUCUCCAGAGCACUUCCUCUACCUGCGCAGCCAGCCCGUGGAUUACUUCAUUCUUAUCUUGCAGGGUCGCGUGCAGGUGGAAAUUGGGAAGGAAGGUCUGAAGUUUGAGAGUGGAGCCUUCACUUACUACGGUGUAGCUGCACUGAGCUCCUGCCUCCUAGGUCAUCAGUCUCCGUCCAGCGGGAGUGAGCAGAGCGACUCGUCUCAUUCACUCUCGUAUUGUCCGGAUUACACUGUACGGGCCGUGACCGACCUGCAGAUGGUGAAGAUCUCACGACUACACUAUCUGAAUGCUGUCCGGACCUCCCAUACACAUGCAAACCCUCAGUCUCCAGACAGUAUAGAGCUGAAGAUCCUUCCGAACAGCCAAACACAGCUACUGAACAUCCGGAAUACAGAUUCAGCACUUCUAAUCAACACUUCAGUAAUGGGCACAAUUGAGAGUUUCAGCUAAUAAUGGCUCGUGCCGUUUUUACACGGAGAAGCAAGGAAGGGGCCAGACAGCUCCUGAGGAACAUUAUGCUGGAAUGCAGAGGAAAGAGGGGGACAAUCGUUUUAAAUCUCCUCCUCAGCCCCUCACCUGAGCCUGCGAUAUCCCGCUGACAGACUUGUUACUACAAAAAAAAGGCCACUUUGUGUCAAACUGUCUCGACUGGGCCUCAAAUGCAUCGCUCUCCCUUCCAGCGCCAUCCGCCGUGCCAUUUUGAACUUUUUUUUCCUCGUAUUAUUUCCAAAAAGGUAUCCGUACCGAUUCUGGCUUUUCGUGCGGCUCGAUGAGGGAUCUCAUUGUCCUUCACCACUUACGUUCCGCAAACAGAUUGUGCAUGAAAGGAUGAACCAGACAUAUCCGUCCUGGCGGGCAGUCCUGCAGGCAGACGUGGGCCAUAUAUACAUAUAUAAUAUAUACAUAUAUCCCUGCUGCUGUGCCAGGGAAGCAAAUCACUGUUAGGGUACUCCAUAUUUUAUAAAAGUGAUAGAACGUGUUCUAUGUAUAUUUUGAAUAAGCUAAUCAGGAGUGGGACUGUGGAAACGUGAAAUUAUUAAUGAAAAACAUUAUCCUA